AUGGCUGCCACACAAGGUCUCUGCGACCCCGCAUUCAACCGGGUCCGUGAUAUUUUUGAACAAAGACUUGCCUCGGGAGAAGAAGUCGGUGCCUCAAUCUGCGUGAACAUCGACGGAAAGAAUGUCUUCGAUAUCUGGGGCGGUCAUGCAGACGCUGCGAAGACGCGCUCAUGGGAAGAAGACACCCUGGUCGUCGUCUUCUCAUGCAGUAAGGUAGUCGCUGCCCUGGCUGCGAUGAUCCUGAUUGAUCGUGGCCUGCUUGACGUCGAGGAGAAAGUGUCAACGUACUGGCCGGAGUUCGCAGCUAACGGCAAGGAAGACACAAAAGUGUGGCACAUCCUCAGCCACUCCUCUGGUGUGCCCCAUUGGGAGUCGCGGAUCCCCAUGGAGUCCAUUUACGAUACCAAAACAUCCACUGAGAUGCUCGCUGCGCAGGCUCCGUGGUACAAGGCCGGCGAGGCAUCCGCCUACCAGAUGGUUAACCAUGGACAUUUAGUCGGCGAGCUGGUGCGGCGCGUUAGCGGGAAGUCGUUGAAGCAGUUCAUUGCAGAUGAGAUCGCGGGUCCACUGGGCGCGGACUUUGGUCUCGGUGUGGCCGAGAAGGACUGGCCGCGUACGGCCGAUAUCAUUCCCGGUGCGCCCACAGUUUUUCCGCCGCUCAACCCGGAAAGUGUUGCGGGUAAAGCCCUGCCCAACGUCAUUGUCAACGCUGAAGAUGCCCAGACGCCCGAGUUCAGGGGUGCUGGGGUCGGUGCCACGAACGGCUUUUCAAAUGCACGUGCGCUGGCUCGGAUUGGUUCAAUUGUGUCCUUGCAAGGGACGGUCGAUGGGAAGCAGUAUCUUGGGCUUCAGACUAUCGAUCAGAUGCUCCAGGAACGGAUUAGCGGUGUCGAUCAGAUGUUGCUCUUCCACAUUAGAUUCGGCCUUGGAGUUGGCCUACCGGUGCCGGAAUCUGUCACCUUUAUCCCCGAAGGAAAAAUUUGCUUUUGGGGAGGUUGGGGUGGAUCUAUGGUGGUCAUGGAUCUAGAUCGCCGCAUGACUAUUGCUUAUACCAUGAACAAAAUGGGAUCAGAUAUCGUGGGUAAUGACAACGCCAAGGCUUACAUCGAAGCUAUUUAUGAAAUAAUGGCAGACAACAAACCGUCGGUGACCAUCUGA